GGGCGGGGCGGGGAGGAGGGGCCGGCCGAAGGGGAGGCCGGGCGAGCAGCCCUCUCCAGAAGCCGCCGCGCCGUAGCUGCCGCCGCUGCCGCCGCCGCCGCCUCGCCUCGCCUCUCGGCUCCGCCGGGCGGAGGUGACGCGGUGCCCUCUCGCGCUCCUUCCGGGGCCGGCGCCUCCGCGUCCCCGGGGGGUGGAGGCUUCUCCGCCGCUGGGGCCGAGGCCGAGGCCGGCAUCACCGACCGCGCCGGGGAUGUAGCUCCGGGGAAGGUGGCCCCGUCAGAGCCCUCGGCCGCCGCCGCCGCCACCGGAGCUCGGCCCGGUUUACCAUCAAAGGGGGAUUUCUGCCCCCCAGGACUAGGAAGCUUCAGCUUUCAACCAUACUGAAUCCAUUGGUUGUCAGGUGCCAACCAGAUGUCUUCCUGCAAAGGAUCUGUGGUGGGGCAGGGCAAUGGGGCACCAGCCAGUAACCGAGAAGCAGACACAAUGGAGCUCGCUGAGCUAGGACCCCUACUAAUAGAGAAGGGUAAACGAAUGACUCCCAGUUCCACCAAAGUUGAAGAAGAGCAGACAUGUCCAGUACCCCAAGAAGAAGAAGAGGAGGUGCGGGUACUGACAUUGCCCCUACAAGCCCACCAUGCCAUGGAGAAGAUGGAGGAGUUUGUAUAUAAGGUGUGGGAAGGACGCUGGCGGGUCAUCCCAUAUGAUGUGCUUCCUGACUGGCUGAAGGACAAUGACUACCUUCUGCAUGGUCACAGACCACCCAUGCCUUCCUUCCGUGCCUGUUUUAAGAGCAUCUUCCGUAUCCACACUGAGACUGGUAAUAUUUGGACCCAUCUGCUUGGUUUUGUGCUGUUUCUCUUUCUGGGAAUCCUGACCAUGCUCAGACCAAAUAUGUACUUCAUGGCCCCUCUACAGGAGAAAGUGGUCUUUGGGAUGUUUUUUCUGGGUGCUGUGCUCUGCCUCAGCUUCUCCUGGCUCUUUCACACUGUCUAUUGUCAUUCAGAAAAAGUCUCUCGGACAUUUUCCAAAUUGGACUAUUCAGGGAUUGCUCUACUGAUCAUGGGGAGCUUUGUCCCCUGGCUCUAUUACUCGUUCUACUGCUCUCCACAGCCACGGCUCAUCUACCUCUCCAUUGUCUGUGUCCUGGGCAUCUCUGCCAUCAUUGUAGCCCAGUGGGACCGUUUUGCCACACCCAAACACCGGCAAACCAGAGCAGGAGUGUUCCUAGGACUUGGUUUGAGUGGGGUUGUGCCCACCAUGCACUUCACUAUUGCAGAAGGCUUUGUCAAGGCCACAACAGUGGGCCAGAUGGGUUGGUUCUUCCUCAUGGCUGUGAUGUAUAUCACUGGAGCUGGGCUAUAUGCUGCCCGAAUCCCUGAGCGCUUCUUUCCUGGCAAAUUUGAUAUAUGGUUCCAGUCACAUCAAAUUUUCCAUGUCCUGGUGGUGGCGGCAGCCUUUGUCCACUUUUAUGGUGUCUCCAACCUUCAGGAAUUCCGUUAUGGCCUUGAAGGCGGCUGCACUGAUGACUCCCUUCUCUGAGUCCAUCUGCUACAGAGAUAAAGGAGGAGCUUCCCAAGUGCUUUUUAAAAACUGUUUCUUUGCUAAAGCGAAAGGAAGACUUGAGUUGUCUGUUUCUGGAAGAAACCUCUUAGUAAAUUCCAUACCAACUGAGCCUCAGCCCACUCUUACACCUGAUGGGCUGUCAAUUCUCAGUUUCUGCAUCUAGGACUGGAGGGGAUGGCCUGCCUAAGUCACUCCUCUCCCUCCUCAGAACAGCAACCAGUCGCCUCACACGGACAGUGUUUUGAAACUCAUGUUGAAAUUCCCUUCCACCCUCCUUUCUCCAGUCAUUUUGGAAAUAACUAAAGAACUGGAUCUCUUCAGAAAUUCUAUUUCUGGAAGAAAAUGUUUCCCCAUUCCUACUUUGUAACCUGGCUUAGAGCUGUCCACUCUUUUCAUAGCACACUUUUGAAAACAACCAUAACUUGGUCCCAACUUUCCAGGGCCUGGAUCUGCACGUACAGCAGUAGGAACAAAGCCACCCACUUUUACCAAGCCGGCUAAUCAUGAAAGUGUAUCCGGGCUUUAUCUAACUUGUUUUAAUUCCCCCACCACCUUAUCCCCCCUGCAGAGUAAUGUAAAAUUAAAGUGAAAGAAAAUAUUUAAUAUUUAAUACUAAGCUUUAAAAGGGAGCCCUGUUAUCAUUGCUGUGUAUCUCAGUGCAAAGAUUUUGAUCAUAUAAAGAGGACAUAUGGUAUUUUAGGAGGUUAGGGCCGUUAAAAUCUUAUUGCCUAGGGUUGUCUAAUAAAGAGGUCAUUCCAUGCC